CGGAUGUGAUGUAUUUGCCACCAGAACGAAGAGGCAUGGUUUCACGGAGGUGACCUACAGUUUGAAACAGUAAUGUAACAAGGCUUGCGAAUCUUGCAAUAGCAUACUGUAUGUCAUUGGUGUGGCUGUUAUUUAGCUUUGCAACGUAGCCAAACCGUAUCUUCUAACAGUUAGAAUUCCGUUUAAAUACCCACGCUACUGAAAGCAACGUUUGAAAUGGCAGAGGAGCAUCAAGCUCGUGUACAGAAAACCAUAGAGGAUAUGGUUCAAAGUUUAGAACGGGACCACAUCCGCAAGAUGCAAGGACUCAUGUUCAAGUGCAGUGCAGAGUGCUGUGAUCGCUCCACAGACUCCAUGUCGCAGGUGCACACUUGUAUUGAACGCUGCCACGCUCCUCUGGCGCAGGCUCAAGGACUAGUGACCAAUGAACUAGAGAAAUUUCAGGACCGGCUGACCAGGUGCACCAUGCAUUGCAAUGACAAGGCCAGGGACCUGUUUGACUCUGGUGCCAAGGAGCCAGCCGUGCGGGCCAUGAUGGAGAACUGCGUGGGCAGCUGUGUGGACGACCACAUCAACCUGAUCCCCAGCAUGACGCACAGACUCAAAGAGAACCUGGACUCUAUUCCACAGUGAGGAGGAGGGAAUAGCUUACUUCAGAUGCAUGAGACAGGUUGGCCUCUAUACUACAGUGACUGUCAUCUGACUCAAAUAACACAGAGGAAGUAUAAACAGCAGACUCAAAGAUGGCUUGUUAUUAUCACAGUGUAAAAGAGGGAGUUAUAAAUGGCAGAUCCAAUACCUCAGUGAGGGAAAGGGACAGCUUGCAGGAAUGAGAUUUGGGUCCUGGUAAAAGGUUAAUCCGAGUCCAUGCUGUCGGGGAGGGUGGGGGAUAUACCUCAGCUCAGAGUCAGAAGAAACUACACAUCCCCUGCAAAUGGACUGUUUCUUUGUAGCACUUACUGUUUAUUGGUUGAACCUACAGACCAGACAGGCCAGCUGAACUUACUCAGCAGACCUGUGCCAUUACAGAACUGUCUAACAUAAAAAAAUACCGGUGUCUGUGAACUGUGUGUAAAGGUAUUUAUUACUUGUCCUGAUAGCCUAGCUGUUGUAUGAUUGGAGUCUUUAUUCUGCCUCAGUGCUCUAAAUAUUUGUAACCUGUUCCUCUCUCCUCUAGCAUGAUCUCUGUGCUGUUUGUUUUGUGGGAACCAUGCAUGUUCUGUGAUUCUUUCCCUCAUCACUAUAUCAGUUUUUAUAUAAAAAUGAAAGCAGAUGGUAAAAAA